GAGAGAACGAUAGAGAGAGAGGAGGGGAGAGCGAAAAUAAGAGGUGAAAGAGCGAGUGAGGAGAGCAGCAACACACGGAUCAGUCUCUCUCCGCUGGUGCUCCAACCCUGGAAACACCAUCCAGUCAUUACAUCGCCCGCGAUUCUGCUAUGCGCAACGGACGUGGAGACGCCAUUUGCGCUUUGGUUUUGGAUUGGUGUUAAAUCUUUUACUGUGCAUCACUGGACAUGAUGGAGCAUUGGAGACAAUGUGCGUUAUGGCUGAUCAAUUGUAAGGUGCUGCCACCGAACCAUCGGGUAACAUGGGAGUCCGCUCAGGUGUUCGACCUGGCGCAGACCCUGCGGGAUGGGGUCCUCCUGUGCCAGCUUCUCAACAACCUGAGACCCCAGUCACUCAACCUGAGGGAGAUCAACCUGAGACCUCAGAUGUCACAGUUUCUCUGCUUGAAGAACAUCAGGACAUUUUUGCACGCCUGCUCAGAGAUAUUCGGCAUGAAGAAGAGCGAGCUGUUUGAGGCUUUCGAUUUAUUUGACGUUCGAGAUUUCGGAAAGGUUAUGGACACACUGUCCAAACUCUCUCAUACACACAUUGCACAGCAGACUGGAAUAAGGCUGUUUCCCACAGAAGAGAGUGUUGAGGAUGAAGACAUUUAUAACCAUCUAGAGGAUCUGAUAGAUGAGAAUGGUGUUGAGGAUGAGGAAGAUCUCUACGACUGUGUGUAUGAUGAUGAUGAGGGAGGAGAGGUGUAUGAAGAUCUGAUGAAGGUUGAGCUGGUACAACCGCAGAAACAGGCCGAGACGGACAUCAGAAGCUGUUGUCUGAUGGAAAUCAAACAGACUGAGGAGAAAUACACAGAGUCACUGGACUCCAUAGAGAAAUUCUUUAUGAAGCCUCUGGGACAGUCACUGUCCAGUGUGGAGAUUGAAAAAGUGUUCAUCAAUAUACCAGACCUUGUGAAGGUGCACACGAGUCUUCUGAGAGAGGUCCAGGAUUCAGUGCUCAUGCAUAACGCCAGUAACCUGUUUCAGAUCUUUAUAAAAUACAAAGAAAGAUUAGUCCUGUAUGGGAAAUACUGCAGUCAAGUAGAAUCAGCCAUUGCGUGUUUGGAUGACAUCUGUAAGAACAGAGAGGACGUCAGGCAGAUGUUAGAGUUAUGUUCCAAACGAGCCAAUAACGGGAAGUUUACUCUGAGAGAUCUUCUGGUGGUUCCGAUGCAGAGAGUCCUGAAGUAUCAUCUACUUCUACAGGAACUGGUGAAACACACCCAUGAUGCCACAGACAAGAGUAAUUUACGGCAAGCGCUGGAUGCCAUGAAGGAUCUGGCUCAGUAUGUCAACGAGGUGAAGAGGGACAUCGAGACUCUACGAGACAUCGACCAGUACCAGAAAUCUAUAGAAAACCUUAAUCAGUCUCUCCGUAACUACGGGAGACCGAAAGGUGACAGCGAAGUGCGAGUAGCUUCAGUCGACAAACGAGCCAAACAAGACAGGCACAUCUUUCUGUUCGACGCUGCCGUGAUCGUAUGCAAACGACGAGGAGAUAACUAUGAGAUGAAGGAGGUGAUUGACCUCCACUCCUUCAAGAUCACCAACAACCCUACCUCAGAAAGAGAAAACCGAAAGUGGUGCCACGGAUUCUACCUCACACACAAUCAGGGUCAGAACGGCUUCGAGUUCUUUUUUAAAACCAAGGAAGUGAAGAAGAAAUGGCUGGAGCAGUUUGGCAUGGCAUUAUCGAACAUCUGUCCAGAGAGCGGGAAAAGUAAUUUCCACGAGUUCCGCAUGCACACCUUUGAGACAACCACAUCCUGCAGCUCGUGUAAAAUGCUGCUGAGAGGAGUCUUCUAUCAAGGCUACCGCUGCUCCAAAUGUGGUGCUGGCGCCCAUAAGGAAUGUCUUGGUAGGGUGGAUGUUUGUGUCAGCAGUGCCGAUUCCAGCUCUUUCGGAUCUCAGAUUGGAAAAACACCCGGUCGUGGAGGAGACACAGGUCUCCCUAAGAUGAUGGUCAUCCGUAAUUACUAUGGGGUUCCAAGCCCCCUCUGUGGCCCACCGCUCAACAUCCAGGUUGGUGAUGUCAUCGAGGUGAUAGAGGCAAACGUCCGUAGCUGUUGGUGGAAGGGUAAAGUCCUGGCAACUAAAGAGGCUGGCUUCUUUCCAAGCGACGCAGUGAAGCCUUGCCCAUGUGUACCCAAACCUGUUGACUACUCUUCUCAGCCUUGGACUAAUGGAGACGCCCCACCCCUCACUAUCGACCCCUUCUCCCUGCAUGAAAAGCUCUUUGCCCCAUGCAUUACUAUGGCAGCUCCCCAUAGGGGAUAG